AUGAACGGGCCAGUAUUUCAUCCGCCAGGGGGCGGCGCCGACAUGGGCGAUGCGCAGGCCAUGGCUGCUGUCAAGAGCAUGCAAGCACUGAUGGAAUCCUGUCCCGGGAAAACCGCAGUUUCAGGCGUAAUGGGAUUCGCACUCGGCGGAGCCUUCGGGCUCUUCAUGGCCUCUAUGCAAUACGACACGCCCCUCUCCAGCGGGCCCAACGGGACGAACAUCACCUCCCUCCCACUGCGCGAGCAGCUGCGACGCGGGUUCCGCGACAUGGGCUCGCGGUCCUACUCCUCGGCCAAGAACUUCGGCAAGGUGGGCGCCAUCUUCGCAGGGACCGAGUGCUGUAUCGAGGGCUUCCGCGCGAAGAAUGAUCUCGCGAACGGGGUCAUGGCCGGGUGUAUUACGGGAGGCGCGCUGGCGGCGCCGGCGGGGCCGCAGGCCGCGGCGUUGGGGUGUGCGGGCUUCGCGGCGUUUAGUUUGGCUAUUGAUGCGUAUAUGCGGAGACCGAGUGAGGAUGAUUAG